AUGGACAGCCACCAGCAACAACAGAAAUUUGAUGAGCACUUUGAACAAAUAAGACCACAACUUGCCAAAGAGAAGAUUGAAGGAUGCCAUAUUUGUACAUCUGUCACACCAGGAGAACCUCAGGUCUUCCUAGGGAAAGAUAAAGCUUUUACUUUUGAUUAUGUGUUUGACAUUGACUCUCAGCAAGAGCAGAUCUAUACUCAAUGUAUAGAAAAACUAAUUGAAGGUUGUUUUGAAGGAUACAAUGCUACAGUUUUUGCCUAUGGACAGACUGGAGCUGGGAAAACAUACACAAUGGGAACAGGAUUUGAUGUUAACAUCAUCGAGGAAGAACAGGGUAUUAUUUCUCGUGCUGUUAAACACCUUUUCAAGAGUAUUGAAGAAAAAAAACACACUGCAAUUAAAAACGGGCUUCCUCCUCCAGAUUUUAAAGUGAAUUCCCAAUUCUUAGAGCUAUAUAAUGAAGAGGUUCUUGACUUAUUUGAUACCACUCGUGAUAUUGAUGCAAAAAAUAAAAAAUCAAAUAUAAGAAUUCAUGAAGAUUCAACUGGAGGAAUUUAUACUGUGGGAGUCACAACACGUACUGUGAAUACAGAAUCAGAGAUGAUGCAGUGUUUGAAACUGGGUGCUCUAUCCCGGACCACUGCUAGUACCCAGAUGAAUGUUCAGAGCUCACGUUCACAUGCCAUAUUUACCAUUCACUUGUGUCAAACCAGAAUGUGUCCCCAGAUAGAUGCUGAAAAUGUGACUGACAAUAAGGUGAUUUCUGAAUCAUCACAGAUGAAUGAAUUUGAAACCUUGACUGCAAAGUUCCAUUUUGUUGAUCUGGCAGGAUCAGAAAGACUGAAGCGUACUGGAGCUACAGGCGAGAGGGCAAAAGAAGGCAUUUCCAUCAACUGUGGACUUUUGGCACUUGGCAAUGUAAUAAGUGCACUGGGAGAUAAGAGCAAGAGGGCCACCCAUGUGCCCUAUAGAGAUUCUAAACUGACAAGACUGCUGCAGGAUUCCCUCGGGGGGAAUAGCCAAACAAUCAUGAUAGCAUGUGUUAGCCCUUCAGACAGAGAUUUUAUGGAAACCUUAAAUACCCUGAAAUACGCCAAUCGGGCUAGAAAUAUCAAGAACAAGGUGAUGGUCAAUCAGGACAGAGCUAGUCAGCAAAUCAAUGCACUUCGUAGUGAGAUCACACGCCUUCAGAUGGAACUCAUGGAGUACAAAACAGGUAAAAGAAUAAUUGACGAGGAAGGUGUGGAAAGCAUCAAUGACAUGUUUCAUGAGAAUGCUAUGCUACAGACUGAAAAUAAUAACCUGCGUGUAAGAAUUAAAGCCAUGCAAGAGACAGUUGAUGCAUUGAGGACCAGAAUCACACAGCUUGUUAGUGAUCAGGCCAACCAGGUUCUUGCCAGAGCAGGUGAAGGGAAUGAGGAGAUUAGUAAUAUGAUUCACAGUUACAUCAAAGAAAUUGAAGAUCUCAGGGCAAAAUUAUUAGAAAGUGAAGCAGUGAAUGAGAACCUUCGAAAAAACUUGACGAGAGCCACAGCGAGAUCACCGUAUUUCAGUGGAUCAUCAGCUUUCUCUCCUACUGUGUUGUCCUCAGACAAAGAGACCAUUGAAAUUAUAGAUCUAGCUAAGAAAGAUUUAGAGAAGCUGAAAAGGAAAGAAAAGAGGAAGAAGAAAAGGCUACAGAAACUUGAGGAAAGCAAUCGAGAAGAAAGAAGUGUGGCUGGUAAAGAGGAUAAUGCAGAUACUGACCAAGAGAAGAAAGAAGAAAAGGGUAUUACAGAAAGAGAGAACAAUGAAUUAGAAGUGGAAGAAAGUCAAGAAGUGAGUGAUCAUGAGGAGGAAGAGGAAGAGGAGGAGGAAGAAGAAGAUGACAUUGAAGGGGGUGAAAGCUCUGAUGAAUCAGAUUCCGAAUCAGAUGAAAAAGCCAAUUAUCAAGCAGACUUAGCAAACAUUACCUGUGAAAUUGCAAUCAAGCAAAAACUGAUUGAUGAACUAGAAAACAGCCAGAAAAGACUGCAGACACUGAAAAAGCAGUAUGAAGAGAAGCUAAUGAUGUUGCAGCAUAAGAUUCGGGACACUCAGUUGGAGAGAGACCAGGUGCUCCAGAAUUUAGGCUCAGUGGAGUCUUAUUCAGAAGAAAAGGCAAAAAAAGUUAGGUCUGAAUAUGAAAAGAAACUUCAAGCCAUGAAUAAAGAACUGCAAAGACUUCAGACAGCUCAGAAAGAGCAUGCAAGGUUGCUUAAAAACCAGUCUCAAUAUGAAAAGCAGUUGAAGAAAUUGCAGCAGGAUGUGAUGGAAAUGAAAAAAACAAAGGUUCGACUAAUGAAACAAAUGAAAGAAGAACAAGAAAAAGCCAGAUUGACAGAGUCUAGGAGAAACAGAGAGAUUGCUCAAUUGAAAAAAGAUCAACGUAAAAGAGAUCAUCAACUUAGACUUCUGGAAGCCCAAAAAAGAAACCAAGAAGUGGUUCUUCGUCGCAAAACCGAAGAGGUUACAGCUCUUCGUAGGCAAGUGAGGCCCAUGUCAGAUAGAGUAGCUGGGAAAGUCAUGCGGAAGCUGAGCUCAUCCGAUACCCCCGUUCAGGACACGGGUUCCAGUGCAGCUGCUGUAGAAGCAGAUGUAUCAAGGGCAGGAGCCCAGCAGAAAAUGAGAAUUCCUGUGGCAAGAGUCCAGGCCUUACCAACGCCCACAACAAAUGGAACCAGAAAAAAAUAUCAGAGGAAAGGGUUGACUGGCCGAGUGUUUACUUCCAAGACAGCUCGCAUGAAGUGGCAGCUUCUUGAGCGCAGGGUCACAGACAUCAUCAUGCAGAAAAUGACUAUUUCCAAUAUGGAGACGGAUAUGAAUAGGCUCCUCAAGCAACGGGAAGAACUCACAAAAAGACGGGAGAAACUUUCAAAAAGACGAGAAAAGAUGGUCAAGGAGAGUGGAGAGGGAGAUAAAAAUGUGGUUAACAUCAAUGAGGAGAUGGAGUCAUUAACUGCUAACAUAGAUUACAUCAAUGACAGUAUUUCUGAUUGUCAAGCCAACAUCAUGCAGAUGGAAGAAGCAAAGGAAGAAGGAGAAACAUUGGAUAUCACUGCGGUCAUUAAUGCUUGCACACUUACAGAAGCCCGAUACCUGCUGGACCACUUCUUGUCAAUGGGUAUCAAUAAGGGUCUUCAGGCUGCCCAGAAAGAGGCUCAAAUUAAAGUACUUGAAGGUCGGCUUAAACAAACCGAAAUAACCAGCGCUACACAAAACCAGCUCUUAUUCCAUAUGUUGAAAGAGAAAGCAGAGUUAAAUCCUGAGCUAGAUGCUUUACUAGGCCAUGCUUUACAAGAUCUAGAUAGCGUACCUUUAGAAAAUGUAGAGGAUAGUACUGAUGAGGAUGCACCUUUGAACAGCCCAGGAUCAGAAGGAAGCACACUAUCUUCAGACCUUAUGAAACUUUGUGGUGAAGUGAAACCUAAAAGCAAGGCCCGAAGGAGAACCACCACUCAAAUGGAAUUGCUGUAUGCAGAUAGCAGUGAACUAGCCUCAGACACUAGUGCAGGAGAUGCCUCCUUGCCUGGCGCUCUUACACCUGUUGCAGAAGGGCAAGAGAUUGGAAUGAAUACAGAGACAAGUGGUACUUCUGCUAGGGAAAAAGAGCUCCCUCCCCCAUCUGGCUUCCCUUCUAAGAUAGGCAGCAUUUCCAAACAGUCAUCUCUAUCAGAAAAAAAACUACCAGAGCCUUCCCCUAUAACCAGGAGAAAAGCAUACGAAAAAGAAAAAUCAAAGGCCAAGGAACAAAAACACUCAGAUUCUGGAACCUCAGAGGCUAGUCUUUCACCUCCUUCUUCCCCACCAAGCCGGCCCCGUAAUGAACUGAAUGUUUUUAACCGUCUUACUGUUUCUCAGGGAAACACAUCAGUUCAGCAGGAUAAGUCUGAUGAAAGUGACUCCUCUCUGUCGGAGGUACACAGAUCCUCCAGAAGGGGCAUAAUCAACCCAUUUCCUGCUUCAAAAGGAAUCAGAGCUUCUCCACUGCAGUGUAUUCACAUAGCUGAAGGGCACACAAAAGCUGUGCUCUGUGUGGAUUCUACUGAUGAUCUCCUCUUCACUGGAUCAAAAGAUCGUACUUGUAAAGUAUGGAAUCUGGUGACUGGGCAGGAGAUAAUGUCAUUGGGGGGUCAUCCCAACAAUGUUGUAUCUGUAAAAUAUUGUAAUUAUACAAGCUUGGUCUUCACUGUGUCCACAUCUUAUAUUAAGGUGUGGGACAUCAGAGAUUCAGCAAAGUGCAUUCGAACACUGACGUCUUCAGGUCAAGUUACUCUUGGAGAUGCCUGUUCUGCAAGUACCAGCCGGACAGUAGCUAUUCCUUCUGGAGAAAACCAGAUAAAUCAAAUUGCUCUAAACCCAACUGGCACUUUCCUCUAUGCAGCUUCUGGAAAUGCUGUCAGAAUGUGGGAUCUUAAAAGGUUUCAGUCUACAGGAAAGUUAACAGGACACCUAGGCCCUGUUAUGUGCCUUACAGUAGAUCAGAUUUCUAAUGGACAAGAUCUAAUCAUCACUGGCUCCAAGGAUCAUUACAUCAAAAUGUUUGACGUAACUGAAGGGGCUCUGGGAACUGUGAGUCCCACCCACAAUUUUGAGCCCCCUCAUUAUGAUGGCAUUGAAGCGCUAACCAUACAAGGGGAUAACCUAUUUAGUGGAUCCAGAGAUAAUGGAAUCAAGAAAUGGGACUUAGCUCAAAAAGACCUUCUACAGCAAGUUCCAAAUGCACAUAAGGAUUGGGUCUGUGCCCUAGGAGUGGUGCCAGGGCACCCGGUUUUGCUCAGUGGCUGCAGAGGGGGCAUUUUGAAGCUUUGGAACAUGGAUACUUUUGUGCCAGUCGGAGAAAUGAAGGGUCAUGAUAGUCCUAUCAAUGCCAUAUGUGUUAAUUCCACCCACAUUUUUACUGCAGCCGAUGAUCGAACUGUGAGAAUUUGGAAGGCUCGCAAUUUGCAAGAUGGUCAGAUCUCUGACAUAGGAGAUCUGGGGGAAGAUAUUGCCAGUAAUUAA